AUGCAUAUGUUCGAGAUGAGGGCUGCGUGGGGCGAAGAACGAGCUCGAGUUGAUAAGUUGGAGAGCAAGCAUGCCAACAUUGAAAAAGAGAUGAGCGAGGUGAAAGGACGAACUGCUGCGGUUGAGUUGAAGGUCCAGGAGCAGUCCAUGAACCAGGGGCGACAUGAAAGGAAGCUGGAUGAGAUCGCCGAGGACCUUGCCAAACUCAAGGUGGAGGUGGGUGAAAGGGCCGUGCCCGCUGGAAAUCAUAGAGAACCACGUGCUCAAGAAGACCCGUGGGCGAGCUACCUCAACAGCCGACAACGUGAAGGGAAAAAGAUGUACGCCGGGAACCCCGUGGCCCGUCAUGGAGGAGAUGGUGGACAAACUGAGGAUGGAGGACUGACCGAGGACGAGAAGCGCACACUCAUCCUCGGCGGAUGGGCUCAGGACACCAAGAAGUCUGUGAUCGAGACGGAGAGCAAGGUGCUACUAGGACGACCUGAACUACAAGGACUUCUCGAUGUUGAACAGGCAGCGGUGUAUGGACCACGCAGAUCAGUCGGAAGCCUGAAGUUUGAGUUCCGUGCGAAUGAAGACUUCAAAGCAGUCAGGGAACGAAUGUGGGGUGUGGUGAAAGGGCUUCGUGACAUGGGUGAGGUGAUGCCAAGUGCUAAAGGCGAUCUGCGAGACCACCGGAAGUACAGAGGUGACGUUGACACGGACCUGGCCAAGCCAUUAGGUGAACGUCAUCCUGGGGCCGCUUCGCUACGCGGUGCAAGACGGCGAGCGGGGCGAUUUUCACAGUGGAAUUUAGGAGGACAGCCAGUGGACACUUUGGAGGUUGUCUUGCAUGAUUCGGAUUUCGUUGCGGUUCAGGAAGUUGCCCGUGGAGAACCAGGCUGGGAUGAGCUAAAUGAUGACCACUUCCACUGGGUGCUACAUCGUCAUGGGGAACAAUAUCGAGGAGUUGGCAUUGGCAUUGCGCAGGACCUCCUUGACAGUGUGGUGGACAAGAUCGCCUCUCCCAGGGGGAUAUGGGUCCUUGCCCGGAUCAAGGGCAUCGGGGGAGUUGUGUUUGGGUCCAUCCAUUGUCACACAGGUGCCACCCAGCAGACCUAUGCCAACGCGGUACAACAGUUCUUUUACGGGCUUAAGAGAAAGUGGCGACAAUAUCCGAUCGUUCUCGGUGCUGACGUCAAUGAACAACCAGGAUGGCAUGAGGCAGAAGAAGGGCACGCGGAGGUGAUCAACGCCAACGUCAACCUGAGCGCGUUCCUUGAGGAAGCAACACGUGAGGGAAUCGUACCUGUCGUACCAGCCCCCUCUCUUCGACAAAGCCCUACUCACUUUCCGCGGGAUGCCACAAGAGAAGGGAGACAAAUUGACAUGAUCCUGGGGAAGUCCAUGACCAUGAGCAACGUCCAUUUCCGGCCCGAACUUCGUCACUGCAUUGGCACUGAUCACGCAGAGCUUCACGUUGACAUCUACACGUCCAUUUCCAGGUUUCAAGCGUGGGGACAGGACACCAGGCCCCGUCGUCUUGCGAGCCUGCUGCCAGAUCAUGAGAUCAUUGUCGAUGAGGAAGACUUGCGGAAGUUGGCUCGUGAAUGCACUGCACCCAGGGCGUCCCCCGUGUACCGUGACUCGCAGGAGAUCAAGGACAUGAUCCACCAGGCCAGGGUGAACAACGACAAGGACGGCUGGAAGCAAGUACACAAGAUGCGGAAGAAGGCCAAGAGACGAUGGCAACAGGAAAGGACAGAACGAGUUGUACACGGUGACUGGUCUGCGUUCCGGUCAUACAAGCGAGACCGCACUCGGAAGAAGGGGUGGUGGGGCAGAAUGCUACAGGACAAAUCAGCGGUCGAGUUGACAACGCAGGUACAACAACAUCUACAAGACAAGAUGACCAAUCCCGCUGACGAGACCUGGCCGGAGAGACUGGGGAACUUCAUUCAGGCCGUACCUCGUCCGAAAACAUGGCGGCCCUACUCCAAGGAGGAAGUCUUCGAGUGCCUCUCACAUAUGCGACCACACACGGCGGUCGGCCUGGACAUGGUAUGCGUGGACCUCCUGAAAGCCAUCGUUCUCCACGACACUCUCGGUGAGCAGCUGGUCGACCUGAUCAACCACAUUAUCUUCCACAAUGAGCAGCCUGCAGAUUGGUCGACGAGUGUAUUAGCACUACUGGCGAAGUGCCCAUCGCCAGCUGCGCCAGGCGACCUUCGGCCAAUUUGUGUGGGGUCGAACUUCGAGAAGCUGGCCAACCGCCUUAUUAUGGGACGAGUCUUUCCUGCACUCAGAAGGGGAUCCCGAAUCUCCACGUGUGGAAAGGGGAGGCAAGUCGCGGACCUGAUCGGGGCAAUCACUCGUCUGCGGGACAUGGCACACGAAUGGAGGGAACCUUUGCUCAUCGCCAAACUUGAUGUGGCUGGAGCGUUCGACCGUCUCUCCCGGGAUGAGGUUGCCCGCAUGGUUGUCGCCCGCACUUCGAACACCAACCUGGGGGUCGAAGUCCAAUUUCUUCUUCGACAACUCGACGUCAACACUCUACGAGGCACAGUGCCAGGAGGUCAUGAAAUCUCAGUCCAUGCCAAUGUUGGGAUUCGACAGGGGGCUCCUGACUCCGCCGAACUCUUCGGCUUGGUGAUGGGCAUGCUACUGGAUGACAUGUUGGAAGGAGGACCAUGGAAACAAGUCGGGUUUGCCUUUGAGGACCUCCCGGUGGACUUGCUCUUCUUCCAGGACGACGUCUUCGUAUUCGAGACCACCGCGGCACGGCUGGCACGUAAAAUCGAGAUCAUCGGCGGAGCUCUGGGACAGGGAGGACUUAAAUUGGCCAUGAACAAGACAAAGGUGAUUGCCUCCCCCGACUACAAGGGCAAAAUGGUGAUCCGAGUUGAAGGUCAGGACGUGCACAUCACGAAGGGGUCCUCGAUUCGAGUCUUGGGUGUCUCCUUUGAUCUGGGUGGGCCACCUUCCCAACAAGCUGAAGAACUACUUGGGAGGGCGCGGGCAGCCUACUCGGAGCACCGACCUCUGCUGGUUGCCAAAAGCUCAUGGAAGCAAAAGGCCUACAUCAUCUCCAUGCUCAUCACUUCGACGUGGAGAUGGUCGGCAGGGUGCGUACACUGGAGCAAGGAAAGCCUCGCCAAGGCCAAUAGCCUCCAAGCCCAGAUCUUCAGAACCGCCUUCAAACUGGGACGUGAAAAAGGGGAGAACUGGGUGGACUGGAACACUCGGACGCUCCGGCUGGUCAGGGGCUACCUUCAUCGACAUCAAAUUGAACGAUGGAGCACCCUCGCUCUGCGGCUUCAGCAUCAACUACUUGGACAUUGGGCGAGACACACAGAAACGAUCAGAGAGGGCUGGGAAAGCAUCGAGGGAGUCACUAUGAGGCAGAUCGCUGCAGUGGCUGGCAAUGACUGGCCCGUAAAGGCUCAGGUGUUGUCAGUGCGAGUGACGUUUGACCAACGGAUUGCCCUGACUGCGCUGAUUGACACUACAUGCCUGAUGCACCACGCUUACAUGUUUCUCGAAACCCCUAUGACGUCCUCUUCCUGGCGGGGAACAAUUGCAGCCUACCUUGUGCACGACAUGGACUGCUACAACGCGGUGCCCUCCCACGCGAUCUGGACUACCUCCACCUCCUCAACCACGAGCACGACCAGCACGCCAGGGGAGAUUUUUCUCCACGUGGGUGAACAUGCAUGGGUGAUUGGCAACGACUCCACCACGAGUUCUACCUCGUCUGUUGUGUCCUACUACUUCGCGCCGGUGCACGAAGCUCAUCUGUGGGAAACCAACUGGGAUGGCAACCAAGAACCAUGGCCUACAUGGGAUGGGGGUGACGUCGACACGGACGAGAACCUGGAACCAUCCCAAGCGGCACCCGCCCAAAGUCAAGAUCACGAUGAACCAGUGCCCACACAGAUGGACCUGGGGGAGGAGGACACGACGGAGAACAACCCGGACCUGAACAUGACGGCAACGGUUCUCGCCAACCCCCAGGGUGACGCUGAGGCCGACUACGUGGACCCGCUCCCCGCCUUCAUGCAGGACGAUGACUACGUCAUGAACUACGUGCGGGCCAUCGAGGAAGCACAUGCUCGUCUUCGUGCUGAACAAGAGGGGAGACAAGACUUGGGAGGUCACACGGUGGAGGAUCCAGGGCGAGACGCCAACACUGUGGGCGGGACUUCUAUGGUGCAACCAAUGGUGGACACGCCUAGCUCCUCCUCGUCUCACAUGCCCUCGCCCAGUCACAGCUGGGAACAUGCGCAGCCGUCGUCUUCCUCGUCCACCUCUGUGCCUGGAACAUCCUCGAGCACUACGGCGCCACGACCGCAAGACGCGGCACAGGAAGGAUGGAUCCGACGUGGAGGCAAGUGGCGAAAAGGUCUAGACCGUUGGCACCACCAGGAUGGAACACUACGCAGACCACGGACUAUGCACAACGCCUCCACGUAUCACCCCGAUAACGUCUGGCCCCUUGGUUGGGAAGGGGAAACACCCAGCACAACUUCUCCGCACCAUGUGGCACCAAGUGGGAACAACACGCUCACGGCUGACUCGGAGGUGGAGACAUCGAGGGCUGGUCAAGAUGAACAAGAAGCAGAAGAUCCCCUGGUGAGCUGGGCGAGAAUGCAGACCCCCUCGUGCUCUUCUCCUUCCUCCUCAAGGACUUCCCGUACAGGACGCGGACGAGGGAGACCUGGAAGUCACACCCCAAGCUCCUCUAGUGAAGACGGAGGGACAGAGAGCGAGGCCUCCAUGGAUGACUCUUCUUGUUCAGGGGUGAAUGCGUCCAGCAACGCCUCCACCAGCACAGGAGAUGAAGCACCAGUCGGCUUUUGGUCUCAUGGCACGUGGGUGCCCCGACCACGAACAGCACAGGAGCUUCGCACUCACAUGGGAGGCCAGGGCGCCAGGAGGUUGGCAAGACGAGAAGCCAGGAUGAAGUUGUGGAAAGAGGGCAAGUGGCUCCCCUCAUGGCUACAACGUUAUAAAGAUGAACGACUUCUACGCAACAGACUACGCGAAGCCUCGGCCAUUCCGGAAGACGAGGAGGUUCACGUCGUGCAGGAGGGUGAGAACGUCAAGUACAGUGAGGAAGAUGGAGUUGGCCCUGCCACGACGAGCCAAGCAGAAGAACAACACGAGGACGAUGAGGUACUCCCACAACAAGCACAGCCAGGGGUGACCACGGAAGAUGGAGCGCAACCUGCCAACGACCAUCCCAACCUCGAGACCACCGUGGAUGAGGCAACGUGUCAGCCUGCACAAGUACUCCCCUGGGGCGACAUGGAUGGACAUGAGGGCGACGUUCACGUGGACAGUGUCACUACCGCUACGGAGGAGGAGGGCUGGGGUGAGCAGUCUUGGGGAGACGGUUGGCAAGAGUGGAAUGCAUGGGGGAGCUGGAGAUGGUGGUCCUCACCCUGGAAGUGGACCGCUGAUGAAUGGCAAUGGGACACGGCCAGCACAUCGUCCAGUACCACAACUUCAACCACAUGGAUGGACGAAGUUAGCAACAUGCAGCUCACCAACAACGAGCGAGCAAAUCUGGAACAACUCCGGAUGUCGCCGGUCUUGGCGGGGCGAUUUGAACAACUUUUUGACGUCCUUCAUGAACAUCAGGUACAAGAACGCGGACCGGAAGCUCGAUGGGCGCUUCAAUGCGUUCUUCGCCGUGCAGAACAGGCUGAAGAAGCAUUCGAGUUGAUGCUCAAUGUCAUCGCGCGACGCCUCCAGCCUAGGGGAGUUUUACCGAUCACCAGAACACCUGGGACGGACAACCAAAUGCGCAACCUGUAUAGCUGGGCACAAAACUUUGCGACAGUGAUGCUCCACACCAUGGAAGAGAUUCUUCGACGGCCCCUUUUCGACCACGACUUUGAGCCCGAGUUCACAGGCCAGGCGUCUUCGAGCUCUUCAGUCAGGGCGGCUAGGAAUGAGUCGCAUGAACCCACUGGCAGCGAAAGGGACAGAAGCCCAGCUACUUCGGGGCCACUGGGUGACUUGACCGCGGCUUCUGCUUCCUCCUCGCUCCCGGCCGGGGCGACUCCGGGUGAACUUCUUGGCAUUUGGCGGGAACCAGAGACCGAUGAUGGAGGUGAGAUGCAUGCGGCCCUCGACACCCAGACGACUGCGCAAUACCUCGACGACAACCACGCCGUGCCCCUGCUCAUCCCCGUCGUCUACCAUGCUGAGCUCCUGGUAUCCGUGGACGUUGACAUGGCUGUCAGAUGGGACGACUUCUUCCACGACAACUACCACGACGAGGUCGCCAUCGAGGAGCUUCAACUGUGGAUGGUCAGGGAGGACUCUGAGCGGCCAUGGAAUGCAGCUACUCAAGAGCAUCUUCUCUGGCAUGUCAUCUCGAAUGGAGCAAAUGGGGCGACCGGGGAUGACGUUGGACUCCACAUCCCACAGGCUGCGCACGUGAUCCUCCAGCCUGACCUCCCGGACCGGGAAAAUCUACGUCGUCAACUACCUGGUCAAAGCGUACGGCAGGUAGUGGGCUAUAGGAGGCGAGCAUGGAGGCAGCACGCCAACUGGGUCAUGAGAGGACGACAUGGGGAACCGGUCGACAUCCCGGUUAAUGGACAGCACCUCUUCCUCAUCCAGACGAACUCCACGGUCGCCACCAACAAUGUCCCGGCAGGCGCCGCGGUGCCACCAGAUCCUCACAUGGACCAGCUCCGCUUUGGGUUGAUG